GACAAAAUGAACAUACUCCAAUUUUUGGGGUAAAGUUCAGUUGAGUCUUAAACUACGGGCUCUUCCCGCUUGUAAAUUCCAUUCAAAUUCCAAUUCCGGACCUCUGUUUCUUCCAUUCCUCUGUUUUUGCGUUGUAUCACCUUUCUUCGCAAGAUUUUCGACCUAAUCCCUCUUCUUCAUCUUCUUCUUUUUCUUCAACAUUUCGCCGAUUGAAAUCUAAUUUUCAAUUUGUUUCCAAGAUGGUGAGUUAUAUUAAGAAGAAAGAUGGGGAGAAAAUUCUCUCAGUUCAGUUCACAAAGCUGGAAAUCAACGAUUCUGAAGGAGAAGACCCCGCGUUGAACUGGAAAUUACCGGCCGGAAUGGAGGUGGUGAGAGUUGAGGAGACUGAAUGCAGAACUCCGAUAGCUAAGGAGGCGAAGAUACAGGAACCGGAAACGUGCCCGCCGGCCCCGAUGAAGCGCAAGGUCUGUUUGUUUGGCAACGGGAAUGAGCCUGAGAAAAUUGCGGAUGUGAAGUAGAUGUUCUCAGCACAAUUUGGUUGUUAACGGGUUAGACUUCUAAAAUCUUAAUCUAGGAAAAAGAUCAGAGUUUGGUGAUGUAUUAGGUAGAAAAUCGUAAUUGGGGAUUGUAUUUUGAGUGCAAUAGCCAGAAAGAUAAAUAGAAGACUAAUCA